AGAGGCAUCCCUUUCAGCUGCUUCUGUUUUCGUGAGUUGAUCAGUAAAUUCCGAACAGAUCCGAACUGCUGUCUCCAUCACCACGAAAACAGCAACUCCACAAGGUGAAAUGAUAUUUUCAAGUGAGCGAAAUUCUGAGUGCUGAAACUUCUGGAAAUAAUCUCGAGUGUCCUUUCUCCAUCCCCUCCGCAGUCAUUGCUCAUUCUCCCUUUGUCACACAUGCACGUAAAACUCCACAAUAUCCCCCACAACACGUAUCCAAUCCUGAGCCAUUUUGUGUAUUGUUAGAGCAGCUGUGCAAUAAUUCUCAUCGCCAACAACGUCCUUUCAGUCCGAGAAAUGUCAAAUACCAAACGUACGUCGUAAAAAAUGUCUCGGUUAUAUCCAGGACUAUCCGACAAUUCUUCAUUUUUAUUUAAUUACAAAAAUGUGCAACAACGUCACGUGAAAUAAACUUUCUGUCGCCCAGGAUUUUUUUUUCUCGUGACGAGUGAAAUACAAAUUAACGAAUAAUCGUUUCAAGUUUUCUCGAUGAACUUUUGUGAAGUGUAAAGUUAGAGAUAUCGAUAGUCUAGAGUUAAUUUUUUUUGUGGGAGUCAUCCUUUUGUUGAAGAUUACUGUCGUCAUCGUGGGAGAUCUCCAUCACUCCACAAUGAACGACGACAGUAUGAACGAAGACCACACAAUUCCAGUGUACGAGCACGAUCUCCAGGACGUAGACGUGGAUUCGGUGGACGUAGAAUUGUCGCAGGUCCUUCCAAUAUUUCCCACCUCAAGCAAGCCCUGCAUAAAUGUCUGGAUGGACAAGAUGAGUAAAGGAAUCCUGACAUCAACCCAUUUCAAGGAGCACUGGAGGAUCUGGGUUCCAAACAUCUACAGUCCCGAGCCCAAUGGCAACUGUCUAGGUUGGUCCUUCGACGAGGACAUGGCUGAGAAGAUGCUGUACAAUACCCUCGAGGAGUUUAUCUGCAAUGGAGAGCCCAGAGAAGUUCUCCAGCAACUGGCAAAACUGGAGAAUCCCCCAUCAGUGUGCGGUAGAUUCUUCAAAGUUGGAGAACCAACGUACUUCUGCAGGGAGUGUGGAAUGGAUCCCACCUGUGUCCUCUGUGUUGCGUGUUUCAAGGAAUCAGCACAUCAGAAUCACAAGUACAAAAUAGCAACGUCGAGUGGUGGUGGCUGCUGCGAUUGUGGAGAUCCUGAGGCCUGGAAGAAAGAGGCUUUCUGCAGGAUACACGAGGCUGGUAAAGAGGCUAAAGAGACAUCUGGUAAUAAAUUGCCUGAGGACAUCAGAGAGCGUGCAACAUCGACCUUCGAAGCUGUCCUCCAGUAUUGCUUUGAAUUACUAGCAAGAGAGCAUACACCUGGCCUUCCAGCAGAUCUCAGGGUCAAAGAGACUGACGAGGGGCCUCUUUCCCUGCUCGCCACCACAGGUAGCUACUGCACUGUCCUCUUCAAUGACGAGACCCAUACAUUUGAACAGGUGAUCAGUACAUUGGCUCGUGUCAUCAAGUGCACCCAGAAGGAGGCCAUUGAGUUCGUUACCAACAUCGAUAGGAAUGGGAGGGCUGUGGUAAAGUGCUCGGACUUUCAGCACUGCAAUGAACUCAAGUCUGAUAUCGAGAGAUUCACAUCGAGACAGAGCAGUCACCCCCUCAAGGUUCUCGUGGUCCACGCCCAUGUCAUUGCCCACCAGAUAUUUGCAAUGAGACUUCUGGGAUGGCUCCAGCAGUUCAUCAGCCACUGCGAGGGCUUCAGAAUUAUCUUCAGCGAUGUUGCACUGAAUAAGAAGCUACCUGAUCUACCCAUCGUCGAUGGGAUUCUCAUGAGGGACUCACAUCUGUGGAAAGCUGCUAGAACUGCCUGGCAUCGUCUCUUCAUAUCGGGAAUGCUGAUGGAGUACGAGAGCAAGAAAUCACUGGCAAUCGUCUUCACCACAAAUUAUGGAACCGUGAUGAAGGAUUUUAUGAAGGACGAUCACGAUCAUUCAUUCUCCAUAUCAUCACUGUCAGUUCAACUAUUUACAGUGCCAACACUGGCCCACUAUCUCAUCGCUAAUCACGACGUAUUAUUUAUACUCCUUAAUACCUUCAUCUCCGAGAGCUCAAGACGAUGCAAUCCAGUGGGAAAACUCGAGUUCGAGAGAAAUACACCACACACUGUUUUUAAAAGAGCACAAUAUAUACUCUGUGAUCUGUCGUACCUCUUGAGCUCAAAACCUGACACCUGGACUGACGAAUUGAGGAAGGGAUUUCUCCAGGGAAUGUCAUUGCUCAUGAAACUCCUCUGGAGUAUGCAGGGAAUGGAUGCCGUUCUGCGACAGGUGGGACAACACAUGGAGUACGAGCCUGAGUGGGAGUCUGCAUUCAAUCUCCAUAUUAAACUAUCCCCAGUAAUAAGUCUGGCUCUGGAGUGGUGUGGAUCAGAUCGAGUGGUUCUCAUCAAGGCAUUCAGGCUUGUACUUAAAAAACUCAGUGAACAGCCUAAUAAGGAAUCAUCAUCGAGUCCAGGACAGCUGAGAGAACUAGCAGAUCACUCUGCAACUUGUAUAGUGUACGACGUCUCUCUGGAACCUGUCUCAAUUCAUCUUCCCCUCUCACGAUUUCUCGCUGGACUAUUUCUCUAUCUUGAGAAAUAUAAUCUGGAUUAUCAGAGCAGUGAAUUCAUGAUCCAGUCGAAACUCUCCCCAGAGCAGCUGAUUGAACCUGUCCUGAGGGCACAGGCAAUGAUCUCCCAAGUGCACGCUGGCAUGUGGAGGAGAAAUGGCUACAGCCUGUUGAAUCAACUUUAUUUCUACCACAACGUUCGUUGUAGAACUGAAAUGCUCGAUCGUGAUAUUAUUCUCCUCCAGGUGGGGGCUGCCUUGAUCGAGUCCAACGAAUUUCUCAUUCAUAUUCUGAAUAAAUAUAAUCUACUCAACUGGGCAGAUGUUGAUUUUGAGACAAACACCCUGAGGAAUCCUGAGGAGGACAGCAUAAGGCAGACUAUAAAUCUCGUUGAAGAAUUUCUAGGUCUUCUCAUCACGAUUAUUGGAGAACGUCAUGUACCUGGUGUUGGUCAAGUGACAGCUGAUGAUCGUCUGAAGAAAGAGAUUAUUCAGCAGCUGUGCAUCAAGCCAAUGUCACACUCGGAAUUAAAUAAAACAUUGCCAGAUGGAGUUCAUCACGAGACUGGUCUCGAACGUGUGAUAAAUGAUGUUGCUAAUUUUAAAAAACCCUCCCAGAAUUCUGGUGGAAAAGGCCUCUACGAACUCAAACCAGAGCUCUUCGCUGAGUACAACGUAUUCUUCUACCAUUACACUAAAGAGGAAUUGAGUAAAUCCGAGGAGUCACAGAGGAGACGUCGCAAGGGGAUGCAGGAGCUUGAGUGUUGUCCACCCCCGCAGCUACCAAAACUCACAGAGACAUUCAGUCUUGUGGCUAAUCUUCUCCAGUGCGACGUAAUGCUUCACAUAAUGCAGACAGUUCUCGAGAGAUCGAUUAAUUUGAGAGCAAGGAGUUUCUCAGAGCCCCAGGUCCACAAAAUCAUUCAUCUGAUAGGAUAUGCCCUGCAGGAGCAGAUGACAGGGAAUUAUCCCUUCCUCAUAUUCACAGAGAGGGCCUCCAAAUGGAGGAUCUACAAACUCCUGGAGGAAUUGUCCACCAGUCCUAGAGUCGAUGCUCACAAGGACCUGGUGAUUUGGGUCCUGGGAAAAUACCGAGAAGCUGCUGGUUCAUCGAUAGCUGAGGCAAGCCAGCAGCAGGUGGAGAAUACAAAAGAGCCAUCGGUAUCAACAAAUUCAGAAGAAGAACAAGCGAAAAACAGUAAGGAGUGGAGAACUCAGAUGGCAGCCCAGAAACGAGCCAAAGUAAUGGCGCAAAUGGCUGCGAUGCAGAAGCAUUUCAUGAAGAAAAACGCAAAACUAUUCGAGGAAGCAGCGAUAGAUGCCAACAGCAAGGGAAACGAAAGAGGAUCUUCAAUGGAUCUCUCAGAAUCCUCUCCCGAGGCUCCGGUGGCUCUGGGGCCCAGGCAGACACCAAGAAUCAUCGAGGAGAAAGAGUACACCUGUCUUCUCUGCCAGGAGGACCAAACCGUGACACCUGGGGGUAGAGCAAUGGUCCUAUCAGCGUUUGUCCAGCAGUCAACAGUCCUCUGUCAGACCAGAAACGAUCCUGAUGAGAAGAAUUCUCUGUACUUAUCAUCAAGACUUGGCGCAUCACCUCACACUAGCACCUGUGGCCACGUCAUGCACGCCAGCUGCUGGGAAAAAUAUUUUGACAAUGUCCUGGCGAAGGAGAAUCGAAGACCAUACAGGCUGAGGCAACCUGCCAGCUUUGAUGUUGAGAAGCACGAGUAUCUCUGUCCCCUGUGCGAAUGUCUGAGUAAUACAGUUUUACCUUUACUUCCCUCUCUGGCAACCCUGCAGUCAACAGAAACGAAAAAUCGUUGCCACGUGGACUUUGAUACCUGGUUGAAUGCUCUUACUGUCACCCUGGAUUGCAAGAGCAAGAGCCACGUUGAGAGUGAUGAUCAGGUGGAGGUACACGACAAAUGCAGAUACUGUGAAUCGAAGAUUUCUGAUGAUUUCACUGAUGGAAAUAUCACGAUGCUAGACACCAGGGAGUCGUUUGGUUGUCCCAUCCGGAGAAUUCAGGGAAUUCUGGGGAAAGAGGUGGCUCAUGUGUUCGACGUGCAAACAAUCACAGCUGAAAACAAAGAGACGAGUUUAUCUGAUGAUCUAAAGUCAAUGGUCGAUCUCUUUGCUCAGGCGACGUAUACUAAAGGCCUGGGCGUCGAUCCUCAUACCAGUGAUGCCAGAGUUCCACUGCUAGCCUGGAAAUCCACAGCUUAUACCAUUCAUGCCAUUGAAUUUCUCCUGAGGGACAGCGAGAAGCCCCUCCUGGGGGCAUUAUCAUCGAGACAGAGGGACAGUCUUGAGUGUCUCGCCAGGAUUUCAGCUGUCCUAGGAUCAACCUGGCCCAGCAGCAAUUCCAGCAGCUCCAGUGGUUCAACCAGCACUGGAGCUAACGAGGGAGAUGGAAACUACAGCAUUCUUGCUGGUCAUGCCAUGACACUCCUCACUACUCUAUUAGAUAAUUCCUCGGAGGACUGCAUCACAGAUUGGGAUCCCUUCGGCAUUCUGGUACCACUAGUUGUCACUCUGCCCAGCCUCUUCUCCAGGAACUCUGGGGAAUCCCCUCCAGUUGUAACUGGAAGCCACCACGAAAUUCAUGUCCUCAGACUAGUGUUGGUGGGACUCGUCGUUAAGAUCCUCAUCACUUCUGAUUUUACAGGAUCUGAGGUGAUGGACGUGGAUGCCCUAGAGGACGAAGGCUACUCAGCCCUCUCGAAGAUCAUCACUAUCCUGGGUGUUGAGACCGGUGGAUUGACCCUCUCUGAGGUCUGGAGGCGUGUCAAGAUCGCCUCGUUGCCAUUCCUCAGGUGUUGUGUCCUAUAUUUUCACUACAUAACUGAUGUUCCAGCACCAGUUGAGCUAACGGUCAAGGAUGGAGACACUUAUGAGAAUAUUAUGAUGUAUUUGGGACUUGAGACGAGCUGCGAGGGACUCCUGGAGUCCGAGGGUGUCAGGAGACUUGCGAAAAAUUGGGUUGAGCAUCCCAGGGCGAGACUCUCAGUUGGGGUGAAGGAACCUCUUAGGGUAAAUGGACUCGUCAAAUUACCAGAGGAUUACUCAGAGCUCAUCAACACAGUCUCGCUGUUCACCUGUCCAAACAGCGAUAAAGAGGACUCGAGGAAUCCCACCAUGUGCCUAGUAUGUGGUGAAAUGCUCUGCUCUCAGACAUAUUGCUGUCAGACUGAGCUGAAUAAAAUAAUGGUUGGUGCAUGCACUUAUCAUGCUAGCAAGUGUGGCACUGGUGUUGGAAUUUUUUUGAGGGUGAGAGAGUGCGAGAUAUUGUUCCUGAGAUCUCCAAAUCGUGGGGCAUUCGCGUGUCCUCCUUAUCUGGAUGAGUAUGGAGAGACUGAUCAAGGACUCAGGAGGGGAAAUCCUUUAAAAUUGUGCAGAGAGAAGUACAAGCAGUUGAAUCAAAUGUGGCUUGGCCAUGGGCUACAUGAGGCUGUAUCGAGAGCCAUCGAGUCGUCCAGCACUCUCAUGUCCACUCAAUGGCAGCAUCUUUAAUCUCAUGGUGGGCUCUAGGGAGUGCAAAUUCUGGUAUUUUCUAUUUGUUUUAUGGUGAAUAUUUUUUCGAGGAUUUUUCGACUACUCGGAAAGAGACGAAAUUGAUAAUUAUUUGAAGAUAACUAUGAUGAUAAAUUCGUGUGAGAAGUGUAUAUAUUCGUAUGGUUGAGAUAUUUUUAUUUGUUUUAAUUAACCAAGUUAUGAUUUCGAGGAAAUGGAGAGGGUUCCAGCACCUGGGAACUUUAAUUGAAGAUACCGUGGUAAAAUUAUUUAUAACGAUGUGAACGACGUUGGGGUUGUUCUGGGUAACCAUUGAAUCAUUGAUAAUUGAUCACUGUAAUUAAUGAGAAUGGUCUAACCGAGAUUAAUCGAAUUUUAUUUAACUGAAACCAACCAGAGAGUUCUAAUCUGAAACGUACUAUUGGUUAAUAUUCAUUUGUUUUUCGUUUCGUCAGAUAAUUUUUCUAGUUUAUUUUCAUGAAUCUAACUGGCAAUUGUAAAUCACGUUUUUAUUCCCCUUUUCUUCGAGGAGAUGGAUCCUAGGAUUUCGACUCUCGUCACAAAGUGCAAGUGUAGAUUUGGGCGAAUUAUGAUAAUAAAUCAACAUGAUAGAGAUAAAUGAUAACUUUUACUUGUUAUGUUAGAAUGCAAUUAAAAGUAUCGUCAGCUGGAUAAACGAAUUGAGAGAAUAAAAAUUGAUGAUAGAAAUAUGUUAA